AUGCACAUGCCCGCAGUGAGCGGCAAGGGCGCGGUGGUGGCGCGUCCCUGCCCGCGCCCUGCCUUCCAUGCCAUCAGUGCCCCCAGCUGCCCCGGCCUGAGGAAGAGUUUCUCGGCCCGCCCGACUCCCUCCCAGACACGGGGCCCCCUGCCCCUGGCCCGGGCAUCCCCCGACACGCGCGACACCCCCACCGUCCCUCUGGGCGGCGAGGAGGGGUACGAUGUGUACGUCUACGAGGCGGAGCCUCUGGAGGAGGGCGUGGCCAAGCACACGCUGUCCGUGUUUGUAGGGGACGAGGCGGGAAUGAUCAACCGCGUGGCGGGCGUGUUUGCGCGGCGCGGCGCCAACAUUGAAUCGUUGGCGGUGGGGCUGACCCAGGACAAGGCGCUGUUCACCAUCGUGGCCACGGGGACCGAGGCCACAGUGGCCAACCUGUGCAAGCAGUUGGCCAAGCUGGUGAACGUGCGGUAUGUGGAGGACAUCACCGCCUCCGAGCACUUCCAGCGCGAGCUGUUCAUCGCCAAGGUGGCGGCGCCCCCCGGCGCCACUCGCACCGAGCUGCAGCAGGUGGCCGAGGUCUUCCGUGCCCGCGUGGUGGACGUGGCGGAGCGCACGCUGACGCUCAGCGCCACGGGCGACCCGGGCAAGAUCGCCGCGCUGCAGCGCGCGCUGGGCCGCUUCGGCAUCGUGGAGCUGGUGCGCACGGGGCGCAUCGCGCUCAAGCGCGGCGAGAACCUGUUCACUGGGCCGCAGGUGUACCGCAAGCGCCCCGCCAUCAGCAACGCCGACGCCGGCGAGCCGGUAAAUGUGGAGGCCUCCAUGGACGGCGACGUCUACACCUCCUCCGGCUCAGGGUCUGCUGCCCACGAAGGUGUUUGGAACGUGCGCAACGUGCUCGACGCGUACUAUGAGAACGAGGGCAGCGAGUUUGAGCCCUACACGCUGCUGCUGGAGGUGCAGGACCGGCCAGGCGUCCUGAACCAGGUGACGGGCGUGGUGGCGCGGCGCGGGUACAACGUGCAGUCGCUGGCGGUGGGCAACAGCGAGCGAGAGGGGUACUCGCGCAUCACCAUGGUUGUCCCCGGCAAUGCCACGGGGAUCGAGAAGCUGAUGAAACAGGUGCAGAAGCUGGUGUACGUCGACCGCGUGACAAACCUGAAUGCCAACCCCUUUGUCGCGCGGGAGCUGAUGCUGAUCAAGGUGCGGGCGACCGCCGCGCAGCGCGGCGAGCUCCUCAACCUGGCCCAGAUCUUCCACGGCUCGGUGCUGGACGUCUCCCUCACCACGCUGACCAUCGAGGUUACGGGGAAGGAGGACAAGAUGCGCGCUCUCCAGUCCGUGUUGGAGCCCUAUGGCAUCCUGGAGGUGGCGCGGACGGGGAGGAUAUCGCUCGUGCGCGAUUCGGGCGUGGACACCAAGUACCUCUCCUCGGUGGCGGGGAACAAGGUCAUGCUCUAG